AUGGCCAACCCUCACCCCAUCAAGCCCUUCGUGCCCGAGGCGCCGUAUCACUCCAAGGAUGCCCUGAGCAGCGCCACACACCACGGCCUCAUUGGCGGCGCGGCCGGCUUUUUCUCUGCCGCUGUCCAGAACUCCCUCUCCAAGCAGAAUGUAGGCUCCAUGGGAGUCUUCACCCGCCACGGCGUGACAAUUGGCACAUACACUGCCGCCGCCGCCGUCUACGGUUUUUCCAAGGAUGCCGCCGCCAACCUGCGCCAGAAGGACGACAUCUACAACACAGCCAUUGGAGGCUUCCUUGCGGGAGCUGCUACGGGUCUCAGGACCCAGCGUAUACCCCGCGUCCUCGGCCACGGAGCCAUCUUCGCCGUCGUCCUAACAGCGUUCAACUACACCGGCGGCACGCUGCAGGGCUACAUGAGGGACGAGCGUGUGCACGAUGAGUAUGAGCGGAAAGAGGCGCUUCGCCUGAACCGCAGGAGGCCAAUUACAGAGACCAUCACCGAGAUUGGUGAGGGCAGAGGCAUUCACCCAGAGGGCUACGAGGAGCGGAGGCGAGAGCGCCUCAAGGCCGCCUACGGCCUCGACAUUCAGCCUGUAUCAGCGGACGUGAACUAG